UGUAGUAGUACGUACUAAUCAUAUUGUGAAAUGUCUCCCCCUGCAGGUUGUGGAGUGAAUGACUCUCCAGUAGGCCUGGCUGCUUACAUACUGGAGAAGUUCUCCACCUGGACUGACUUCAACAACAGGGACUUGGAAGAUGGGGGGCUAGAGAGGUACAAGCUACAGUUCAGCCUGAAGUUCACCCUGACCAGCAUCAUGAUCUACUGGACCACCGGCUCCAUCGUGUCCUCCAUGAGGUUCUACAAGGAGAACUUAAAGACCAACACUGACAACAGACUGGAUAAUAAUACGGGGGUGUAUGUUCCUACAGGCCUGGCUGCGUUCCCCAACGAGCUAAUGCACGUGCCCCAGUUGUGGGCUAGAGCCAAGUUCAGGAACAUCUACUCCUACUCUUACAUGCCCCGAGGAGGCCACUUCGCUGCCUUCGAGGAGCCACAGCUCCUGGCUGACGACCUGCUGCAGUUUGUGAAGAAGGUGGAGAAGUUGUAGAGUUGAUGGAUACAAGAGGUCGACUCUCCACUCCUGCCAAGUGCCUGGAAGAAAAACCAGCAGAACGUGACACUACAGCUUGGAAUUGUAGCUUUGUACUAAAAACAUUUAAAUGGUAAACUAAGAUAAAAAAUUAGAAGUACUGUCUGAUUAUCAGGUAAAUACUUGGUCAAUCAGUGAUGUUAACACUGCAAUAUGAUCAUGCUCAGUGAUUGUGUUGGUGUAAUAUUAAGGCUAUACAGUCAACAUAAUGGACCUAUACUGUAAUAAUGAAAUGAUCAGCACUUCAAUACUGAUGUCUUCCAGAUUGCAAAAAAAGGUACUGUAAUGUCCUGGACAUGUGCUGUUGUUUGUGCUGUAGUGUCUUCCUAUGCUUUAUUCAUUAAUCAAGUAGCGACAACCCCUGUAGACACUCGGCCCUCUGUGGAACGAGUUUGACACUUCCUGUUUAGUGUCUGAUAUUUGUGGGACUGGUUCCCAGGAGUGAUCUGGACACAGCUUAAGUUUAGUCCUGGACUAAAAGUAUAUUUCAAUGGUAGUGUUCCAUUGAGCAUGGUUUUUAGUCUAGGUCUAGAUUAAGCCUAAUCUAUGUCCCAGAAACCAUGAUGAAUUUUCCGUGGACCCCAGGAAGACCAGCAGUCACUAAGGGGUCAGCUUAUGAGGAUCCAAAUAAACAAAUUAAAUUAACAUCAAGUCAAUAACUCACAA